AUGAUCUAUGGAACGAAGACUGAAAGUACAGCAAUUAGACAGUACGAGACUGAUUGGUUAGAACCUGGAAGUUACAUUGUUAAAGUGGGUUUGAUCAUUAAGCUUCUCCAACCGUGGUUAGCCGGCUCACGAGAUGGAGUAGUGAUUUUGGGAAAUAAUAUAAUGGAUAAAAGACUGUUAGAAGUUAAGUGUCCAUAUACAUGUCAAGACAAACCAAUUUAUGAUGAAGAAGAAAAAAUAUUUAAUGUAAAUUAUUUAACAAUCGGUGAAAAUGGAGCGCAACUGAAACGCUCAAACCAAAUUUACACUCAAGUGCAAAUUCAGAUGUAUGUAACCAAUAUUCCUAAUUGUGAUUUAUACAUUUAUUCUAGUAAAGGGAGCGCAUUAGUUAAGGUGCCCAGAGAUGAAAUGUUUUCAAGAGAUGUAAUCAUUAAAUUGGAGGCCUUUCACUUUACGUAA